UCAUCAUAACAUUAAUAAUUUUUAAAGAUGGCGGAAGUUGAUAAAUAAAUAAACAAUAGUAAAUUUAAAUAAUUAGUACCGAGUUGAUAAUUGGGGCUUUUAUUUUAUGAGCAGUAUUGAAAAAAUAGCAGACACCUGACAUUUUUUUUAAUUUUAAAAUUCUGCAUCAUUAAAAAAAUUUUGAAAAUACGCUCGAAGUUUUCAAAAGUUAAUUUGAAUUUUUUCUAUUAAUAUUAAAUUUGUUUAUUUAAAAAUUCAAAAAGUUGGCGGUUGUCUUCUGCUGCUAUCAUUCGUGUGAAUAAUUUAUCAAAAAAUUAAUAAUUAUAAUAAAAUAUGACAAAGCGCAAUGUUCAAACUAUAAUAUGUCUUCUAAUAGCUUCCAUAACUGGACUCCAGCAGUUCCGUUCAAAAAACAAGAUAAUAUUGUUUCUUCAGAAUACGCAUCUCUAAAAAUAUUCACUCCGUCAUAUGAGAAAUAUCAUGUGACAAUGGAACUACUGAUGGCUAAUGAAUACCAGCGAUUGUGGUUACGAGAAAGAGAUGAAUGGGCUCGUAAGACAUUUGCACCUAAAAAUCAAAGAUUACCACGAAGAAGAGACAGUAAAAACAUACAAAAAGGAAAAGAAGGUACAAAGAGUGACACUAAAACGAAAGAGAGCAAAAUAAAACAGACAAAGAAUGAAAAAAUAAAUAAACUAACUAAGAAAUAAGAUAAAUAUUUGAUAAUAAAAUUUAUUAAAUAAUAACAACAA